AAUGUGAAUAGAUGUUGCACACGCUGGCAGCAAAACCAUUUGCAUAUGUAAGAUGAUAAGGCUUUGCCAUUGGAACUACAAAAUAUCUUCACUUCCACUUAUGUUGGUGGAGGAACAGUGGCAGCCUCCGGAGCUAUAUAAACAACCUCAUGUUCAACUUUCUACAACCAGAGAGAUCGACAAAUUGGAUAUGCAUUUUGUGCUUGCCUCCCACAGCCUCUGCUUAGCCUCUUUUCCCAUCGUGCAACACUUGUAAAUGGAUUAUGCUAAUUUACGACGCCAAGCAGCAUCCUUGAAAAGAAGCCUCUUUGAUCAGGGGUAUUUGGAUGAGCAAUUUUGCCAGGUUGAGGACUUGCAGGAUGAAGCAAGCCCCAAUUUUGCAGAAGAAGUGGUCUCCUUGUUCUUCAAAGACUCAGCGAGGCUAGUGACAAAUAUUGAGCAAGCUAUGGAGAAGUAUCCCAAAGAUUUCAAUAGAUGGGAUGCACACAUGCAGCAGCUUAGAGGCAGCUGUUUUAGCAUCGGCGCUUCGAAGAUGAACAAUGAGUGCACAUCUUUCAGGAACAGCUGUAGGGAAGAAAAUGCUGAAGGUUGCAGGAGAUCUUUCCAGAAAGUGAAGAGGGAGCAUGCUGUCCUGAGGCAGAAGCUGGAGUCCUACUUCCAGCUGCUUCGACAAGCCGGUCCUGCCAGGACGACCGCGGUCAGGUCUGGAGGCAAGUAAGCAGACGGCCCUGGACGCUCAAGAAGGCAAGCAUACCAGUAUGUGAUAGCUGCAGUGAAGGAAGACGCAGUGACAGGAGGCUGGAGGCAUGCUUGCUGCUGUCUUGGACUUAUGUCUGCAAGUUAAUGCCAACAGGAUACCAUAUAAUCACCGUUCAAAUAUAUAGAUAAUCAUAAGAGCGCCAUGUUGGUGUAUAGCGGUGAUAAUAGUCUCAUAGUCGUGCGUAUCGUGUCAUGUCCGCACUUUUUUUUUUAGAAAAGGAGGAUUUACCUCUGGCCUCUGCAUCAUUACGAUGCACACAACGUCACAACCAUAUAUUUCCGUUCUUAUAUACGGUAAAUAAAACCGACUAAGCUUGCAAA